AUGAAUUCUUUUGACAAUUCAAUCUUUGAACAAUACCCAACAAGAAUGAAUUCUUUGUGGAAUUAAGGCUAACCUACUUACUCAUAGAUUGAUCACCAAUUACGACAAUCUUUUAAUGAUAAUCCAAUCUACAUAAAGGAUCAGUUUGAUGAAUUUGUAGGCAGACCUUAAUACUAGUUAGUUAAUUAAUACUUAGUGUCAAAUAAUUGUUAUGUUAAUAUGAGUAAUCUGUACUUAAAGAGAGUAACUCAUAACUAAGUAAUAAUUUUAUUUCAUCCAUAGGUUUAAGGCUUGUAAUUGUCUGGAAAAAACGAAUUUUUAUAAUUGUUUGGUGAAUAACGAGUAAUUCAAAAGUGGAAAUCCUAUAUGGCUAAAUACACAAUCCAAAGGCACUUUUAGAAACACUAUAAGAUACUCAAACUGAUAGGAUAAGGAUCCCAUGCUAAAGUGUAUAAAAUAUAGAGAAAAUAAGAUUCAAGCAUUUUUGCUGUCAAAAUUUUUAAAAAAGAAAAAAUAUUAUAAAAGGAGAAAGGAGUGGUAAUAUAUGAUUAAUCUUUAGGAAAGCUUAAUCUUAGAGAUAGAUAUAAUGAGAAAACUCAAUCAUGAGAAUGUAAUUCAACUUCAUGAAGUUUUUGAAGACUUCGAAAAAGUAUAUUUAAUUAUAGAUCACUUAUAAGGAGGGGAUCUUUUUAAAAAAGUAUAAAGCUCUUUAGAUGAAUACUCUGAGCAUAUUGUUUAGAAUCUAAUGUUUAAUAUAUUUAACUCCUUAAAAUAUCUACACUCUAAAAAUAUCAUCCAUAGAGACAUUAAACCAGAAAAUUUGAUUUUUAGAUCAAAAUCUAAUAUGAUAGAUAUUGUCAUUGCAGAUUUCGGCCUUUCUGAUAUUUACAAUGAUAAUGAUAUUUACUUAUUCUAAAGAUGUGGUACAGUUGGUUAUGUAGCCCCAGAAGUUUUAAAGGAUCAUGCUUAUAAUCAUAAGGUAGAUAUAUUUUCAGCAGGUGUGAUAUUAUUUAUUUUACUUACUGGAUAAAUGCCAUUUACUAAUUAUGAAAAUAGUGAAGAAUUAGUAACUAGUAACUAUUUAUGUCGAAUUGAUUAUGAUAAACUUAACAAUAAAAAUAUUAGUGAAUAAGCCUAGCAUUUAGUUAAAUUACUUUUAGAAGAAGAUAUCUCUCUUAGACCUUCAGCAGAAGAAGUUCUUCUACAUGAAUGGUUUACUAAUCCAAAAACUGAAACCUUUUGUAAUCUACCAAUUAAUCUAAUUCCAUCUAUGGUCAUUUGUAAAAAUUAAGAUAACUUUAUUAAAAGCAGCACUCCCUUAUGGAACUAAAAGGGAAGUUAUUGUGAUUCUCCAAUCUUAUAAAAUCAAAAUUAAAAUGAAUCUUAAUAUUUCAAAAAGUUAAUCUAAUCUUAGUUUGAUUAUUUUGAGAUGGAUGAUGAUUGUAUUGAAGAAGAUAAAACAUUAUCGACUAUGGUUCCUAAAUAUCAUAUGUUAAUCAGAUAGAGAAGUUUAGAUUGA